GUUCAAAAGUGCUUUGUUGUGUGAUUAUUAAUUAACACAAACUGAUUUUUGAUUUUAUAAGUUGUUUGUAAUUGGCUGUUAAUUAUGGCUACGGAAUGGAUCACUGCAAUUGAUAAAAGACCAUGCGAUCGUAACGUAAAGGAUGUCGAACUAAUAUCAGGUCGUUUACGGCGUGUUGAACAAUUGUGUAAGCUACCAAGUUCAGUAUUACAGCAGCUGGCGUUGGUUGGUUACUAUGAAGAUUUAGAAAAAGGCGUCACUUUAUUUCGGCAAGGAGAUACGGGUAAAUGUUGGUACGCUGUUUUGGGAGGUUCAUUGGAUGUUCGAAUUCAACAGUCUGAUGCGGAAAGUAAAAUGCCAGUAACGUUGUGCAGUUUAGGUGUUGGAGCGACAUUUGGUGAAUCAAUUUUACAUGAUUUACCUAGAGAUUCAACAGUUGUUACACAAACAACAUGUGAAUUACUACGAGUGGAACAACAUGAUUUUCGUAUUAUUUGGGAAAAAAAUAAGGAGCUCAUGAAUGAUUUGGUGGCCAACUGUAAGGUUAAAAAUGGGUUUGGUAGUGGAGUUAAUAAAGCAUCACCCUUACACGGACCAACGUCACCUCCACCCAAACGAUCAAAUAGUCCAGACAGUCCUAAUCCAGCAGAACCAAUAACAGAUUCACCAAGUCCAGCAAUGAGUCGCAUUGGAUGGGCAUUACGAACAUUGUUAUUGGGUAUACCUGGAGGUUCAUGUUUACGUGAUCGUAAAAUGUCUGGACGUCUUGUUCGUCGUUGUGCUCCAGGCACUGAAUUGGUUGAUUGGCUGUUAGCAAUUAGUCCAGCUGUACAUACAAGAUCACAAGCAGCUGGUAUGUGGCAGGCGUUACUUGAAGAAGGUGUCAUCUCUCACGUGUCUGGAGAACAACCAUUCAAGGAUAAAUGUUUUCUUUAUCGCUUCUGGCAAGAUGAAGAAGGUGCAUCUGCAUUACCAACAGCAGAGGAUGUCGCAACAGCCGAAGAACAGCUACAAGAAUCUUUGGGGACAUUGAUAAAUCGUGCACCGGAUGCUAUUAUGCGCAUGAUAUUAAGGAAAUCAAGUCAUGAACGAACAUUAGAAGAUCAAGAGAUAAUUUAUGAAGAAUUGUUACAUAUUAAAGCGAUAUCACAUCUGUCAAAUUCAGUAAAACGUGAAAUAGCAUCUGUAGUUAUGUUUGAAGCUCAUUCGAAGGCGAACACAAUAUUGUUUCAUCAGGGAGACGAAGGUAGAUCUUGGUACAUAAUUUUAAGAGGAUCGGUCGAUGUGGUUAUACAUGGGAAAGGAACUGUAACCACAUUACAAGAAGGCGAUGAUUUCGGUAAAUUAGCUCUAAUCAACGAUGCUCCAAGAGCAGCUACAAUUGUUUUACGUGAAAACAAUUGUCAUUUCUUACGGGUAGAUAAAGAAAACUUCAAUCGCAUUUUAAGGGAUGUAGAAGCCAAUACAGUUCGGUUAAAAGAACAUGGUCAAGAUGUAUUAGUUUUAGAAAAGAUCUCAUCUCAACAUAAACAAGCGUUUUCAAAUUUUAAAUAUACCGUGAUGGCUGGUACCCCACAAAAGAUGCUGGAACAUCUUUUGGAGACACGGUUAGAUGGACGCGCUGGUUUUAGUGGACGUGAUGAUCUUAUUCCAACAAACCAUGAUCCAUUUUUAGAUGAUUUUUUAUUAACGCAUAUAGUAUUUAUGCCAACACAUCAAUUAAUUGUGGAACUUGCCAAAUAUUAUCGAAUAGAAUCUCCAAAUCAAGAUCAAGAAUUUGUAUUAGCAUGUAAACGUCGUGUAGUUCAAUUUGUGUAUCGAUGGGUGAACACAAUUCGACAUCCAAUAUUUGACGAUCAAAUGGCAUUAGAUUUUGUUGAAGAUUUAGCAGCAGAAGUCGAAGCUGAUUGUAUGCAAUGGAGUUCUUUGGAAGAAGAAGCAAGUUUAAUGCAUCAUGUUAUGUCACAAUUAAAUCGUUAUCAAGAAGACAAAAAAUUACAUGAAGGACAAAAAUGGAAAUUACCACCAUGUGGCCAACCGAUAAGUUUAUUUAGUGGUGAUAACGAUACAAGAACUAUUAUUCGCCCAGAUGAUGACAUAAUAUUUCGGGUCUAUUGUGCCGACCACACGUAUUGUACACUACGCUUUCCAGUAAAUACAACAGCUGAAACAAUAAAAAUAUCGGCAGCUGAUAAAUUAAAAUUACGACCAACGGAUGAUUUAAUAUUAGUUGAAGUAAAAUCAACCGGCGAACGAGUUCCAUUUAAAGACAACGAUAUUAGUAUACCUACAGCUCUUAGUCUUAACGGACGAAUAUUUGUAUCACCGAAGGACCACUUAGAUGCAUUGACAUGUUUAUCGGAACAAGAAGGUCCAACUGAAGGUUCUGACAUAGAUUUAGAAUUAUUUAGUACAAAAGAACUUGCAUAUUACAUGACAUUAUUCGAUUGGGAUUUAUUUUGGUGUGUACAUGAAUAUGAAUUGAUUUAUCAUACAUUUGGUAGACAUCAUUUUGGACAAAUAACAGCAAAUUUAGAUAUAUUUUUAAGACGUUUCAAUGAAAUUCAAUUUUGGGUUGUCACUGAGAUAUGUAUGUCAAGUAGUCUCAGUAAACGUGUGUCAAUGCUACGAAAAUUUAUUAAGUUGGCUGCAUAUUGUAAAGAAUAUCAAAAUUUGAAUGCAUUUUGUGCAAUUGUUAUGGGUUUAAGUAAUGUAGCUGUAAGUCGUUUAACAUUAACUUGGGAAAAAUUACCAUCGAAAUUUCGUAAGUUAUUUACAGAAUUUGAAGCGUUAAUUGAUCCAAGUCGUAAUCAUCGAUCAUAUCGAUUAAGUGUUGGUAAAUUGCAACCACCUGUAGUACCAUUUAUGCCACUUUUGUUAAAGGAUAUGACAUUCACACAUGAAGGGAAUAAAACAUGUUUAGAUGGUCUAGUCAAUUUUGAGAAAAUGCAUAUGUUAGCACAAACAAUGCGUACAAUCAGAUAUUGUAGGAGUCGACAUUUAGUUUUGGAACCACCCUCGCCAAAAAGUGAAGGAGAAUUAAAAACGUACAUAUCAUCGUUACGUGCCAUCGAUAAUCAACGUGUUUUAACGAGUUUAUCACAAAAGCUAGAACCACGUAGAUCGUAGUUAGAACCAGGUGCAUUUUUAGCAGCGAAAUUACGUUCGUGGUUUUGGCGUUUAUUGCGUAUGUGUGUUACUGGUGCAUAAUAAUUGUACACCUUACAACAUCAACAAAUAAUUUAUCAAAACCGUCUCCAAAACGUAAUAUUUAUUCCUUUACUAAUAUUAUAUACUUUGGCAGUAAAAAUGUAUUCGUAAUUAGGUUAAAAAAAUGUUUAAAAUGACAUUAUGAUGUUAUUUCUUGCCUUCUAAAUAUUCUAUAAACUAAAACUAUUUACAAAAACUAACUAAAUUUAGAUGAUUCUAAAAUAAAUUCUAUUAAAUCACUUUUAUAUUAAAGUUCUAUAGCUAGUUUUAUUAGAAGAGAAAAUUAUCGAUUAUAAUCUGUAAAACUUAUUUUUAUUCGAACAAUUUCAAGACAAUGAAUCAACAAAAUAUGCCAAAACAGGAGUUUGUUCUAUUUAUACUUGCAAAAGGCCCCCGAUGGAGAUUACACAAAGGAUGUUCGUUUUGUAGUAAUACUGUUUAUCUGUCGCAGCCAAUUAGUUUUAUUGGCCGUUUGGUUAACAGCCUAGGAUGAUCUACUGAAACUUCCAUGGCAUUUGGAUCCGCAAAAAAUUUUGUCUUAAAACAAACCCAUCUAUUAUUGCGAUAUUAAUUCAGAGCAAGCCUACAACUACAUUUUUGGAAUCUUUGGCCACUCAAAGAAAUAGGACUUUCUGAAAUUUCAUCGCUAUAUGAAAUUUGUAUCUGAGUACUGCAACUCUUAUCGUGAAAAACGGUUUUGAAUAGUGCCAUACUUAGUUCGAACUUUUUGUCACUACACUCUUCAAUCAAACUGUGAGAAACCAACAAUAUUCCUAGCCGGCACCAUAAUGGCAGUGUGUUUCAGCACCAGGUGGCAGAAAGUGUAAAUAGUUAAACGUCAUUGAUCCAAAUCAUUUUUCUAGCUGUUUUAUUGAAUGACUGAAUAUAGUUUAGGCCGCUAGUUGAACGGCACCGUUUAAUAAAAAGGCUAAGCUAUUAAUUGAACGGCUAAUUAAGAUAGUUGGCUGCGAAACUGAAGAUUUUAAGCCAAAAGUAAGUAAAAAUUUGAUAUACGUAAUAAUGUAAUUUAAGCCUAGUUCUAAUUCGCUCUAAAACUAUAAAUGGAGCAAACUCGUAU